UGGGCCACCAGUGUAAAUACCAACAGACUGAGCAAGCCAGAGACAGCCAGAGAGAGCAGGGAGCAGCAACUAAGACGGCUGAGAACUAAGUCCGGGCGUGGGAGCAAGGAUCACAGCCUGCACCCACCAGCUGGGGCUGGUCCUACCUGGAGAAGGGGCAGCUGGCCAGGAGGUGAGGCCAAGGGGCUAGCUGGACCAGACGGUCAUGCUGGCAUGAUGCUGGGGGAUGGGGUGGGGGCCAUUCCCUUGUGUGAAGGCUGAGCUCAGUACCUCCUGGCUGGGGAUGGGAUGGCACUGUCCAGUGCUGGGUGCACUCAGCUGAGGGAGCAGCUGGUGUCCCUUUGAUGCCUGGUUUUGCCCAAAGCAAUUGCCCUUUUCCUGGGUUUUCCGGGUCUCACAAGCACAUCUAGCUUGCUACUCCCUUCCUACCCAGGACAGGGAAUUUUGUUCUCAACUUGUGGAAGCCUGUGCCUAGAGGACUUGUUUCCCUUUCCACUUCAAAGGCUGCCAGGAACCCCUUCGGACAACUGCUGGGGUGGGGGUGGGAUCUGCUGUCCAGGGGGUUGGCUGCCACCCCACCAUGGCACCUCCUCUGAUAUUGGUCUGUAUGCUGUGGCUGUGGCUGGGGAAGCUGCCCCUACUUGAGGCAGGCACCCACAGUUCCCAGGACAAUGUGUCCCACGUCCUCCACCACUGCCCAAAGGUGUGCAUCUGUGCAUCAGACCUGCUGAGCUGUUCCAACCGAAACCUCCAUGUUGUGCCUGUGCCUCUACCUGUCAUGACCACGGUGCUGGACCUUAGCUAUAAUGUCCUCCCCCACCUCCACCCUGGUUGGCUAGCUGCCUUGCCCCGCCUGCACAUCCUUCAACUGGCCCACAACCAACUGAGGAGUCUGAGCCGGGGCACUUUCCACAAUGCCAGUGGACUCCGCCGUCUUGACCUGUCCUCCAAUGGCCUCCAUGUUGUGGGCCACCAUGACUUUGAGGGGCUCACAGGGCUGGAGGAACUGCUGCUCUACAACAACCACAUUGGCUUUGUGGACCACAGCGCCUUCAGGGGGCUGGGGAGACUCAGCCGGCUCUACUUAAGCUGCAACCGCCUCACCACGUUCUCCUUCCAUGACCUGCACGGACUCAGCCCUGGGCAGCUCCGGGUCCUGGACCUCUCCACCAACCGGCUGGCCAGCAUCCCCGUGAAUGAAGUGGUCACCCUUCCUGCCUUCAUCAAGAACGGUCUUUACCUGCACAACAAUCCUAUCCGCUGUGGCUGUAACCUCUAUCACAUGCUUCUCCGCUGGAGACAGCGCGGCUUCAGCUCUGUCUGUGACUAUCUCGAGGAACACGUCUGCAUCGCUUUUGAUGUGCCCUCCUCUCGAGUGCGAUUUUUUACGCACAGCAAGGUCUUUGAGAACUGCUCCUCACCAGCCCCCGGCCUAGAGCAGUCAGACGUCCACCUGGAGGUGCAAGUGGGUCAGCCACUGCUCAUCCACUGCGAUGCGAGUGCCCCAGCUGCCCGCUACGCAUGGGUCUCCCCGAGCAAUGAGCUCCUCAUGUUCCCAGGCAACAAAGACAACAGCAUCCGGGUGAUGAGGGAUGGCAGCCUGUCCAUCAAAGAGGCCCAGCCCAGCCACGCUGGUGUCUUCGUGUGCCUGGCGGCCGGCAGCCGCCUCCACCACAACCAAACACAUGAAUACAACGUGACCGUGCGCGUUCCACCGCACGAGUCCGAGCCCUUCAACACGGGCCUCACUACGCUGCUGGGCUGCGUGGUCAGCCUGAUACUGGUCCUGCUCUAUCUCUUCCUCACACCCUGCUCCUGCUGCUGCCGCUGCUGCCAUCCUGUGCCCCUUGUUCCACCCCAGGAGUGCAGCGCCCAGUCCUCCAUCCUGAGCUCCACCCCACCCGCUGCGGAUGGACCUGGGCGCAAAGCCAGCACCCACAAACACGUCGUCUUCCUGGAGCCAGUCAAAGAAGGCCAGAAUGGCAGGGUUAAGUUGGCCGUCAGUGAGGACUUUGACCUUAGGAAUCCUAAAAUCCUGCAGGUCAAAUCGGACUCGGAAUCCAUCAGCUCCAUGUUCUCUGACACACCCAUCAUGUCAUAGUGGUGGCAGGGCAGUCAUGGGCAUUGGGGGAGGCCUGUGGCAGCCACGGUCCUCUGGAUGGAUGGGCCAAGCCUGGCCUUGUGGGGUGGAGGAGUACCACAUAUGUCCAUAGUGCCGGGUUUUCCUCUUUAGAUCAAUACCUCUGCUGCUCCGUCUGUCAGCCUUGCCUGCGUCCCAUCCCUUCCUAUCCAUUAAACACAACUCAAACUUGCCAGAAACAAGGCCAUUAGUAGCAGCUGACAAUGGACUUAAUUUCUCAUUGGGACCAGCCCAAAGGGAGGGAGGGCAGGGGAAAGAACAUAGCGUGGCCCACGGUCCUCUCUCUGUCAAAGCAGGGGCACCCCUCAAAAUGGGGAGGGUGUAUUGGGUAUAUUGGCAGACUUCAGGGAAAAAGCCAGAAGAUAAAAUGACUUGCUUUUCCUAGGUGCAUGGCUAUACAGUCUGGAUCAGCAUAGGGAGGAACUGUCCCGUGGGCCAUUUGGGCUGUUUGAGGGCCAAGCUGCUCUGCAGCUGGAACUCCGCUGAGGGCGGUUUUACACAUCACCUGCCCCCCCCCAGCAUGAGCCCUAGGCUGGGCUCCCAAGAGUCUUCUGUCCGACACACAGAACAAACAGUCCCUGCCCUUUACAGGGGGCUGGAGCUGAAUUUAAGCAGUCCCUCAGCUGCCAGGAUGCCUUCAGGCUCCUGAGGUCAGCUCAUUCCCUGCAUCUACAAAACAAACAAGCAAACAAACCUUCCUGGCUAAAAAGAAAUCCCUCCAGCACACGAGGGGCUGGAGCUCCAGUCUACACAGACUCAGUCUGAGCCUCCGACCCAGGGAGAGAGCAUCUCUCACAGACUCAGGCCUCCUGGAAGCUUCAGCACCAUUCACCUCCCCUCCAGGAGGGGAAUGUUUUCCUCUUAAGAACAGUCUUUCUGCCUUUUGCAGCAUUAACACCUAGGCUAGCUCACACUGCAAAAGACAUGGGGCACAGGAGUGGAAGGGCCUCUCAGAAGAAAUAUUCAUAGCUUUUAUGAAUAAGGGAAGCAAUGUGAACAUUUCUGGGCCCUGACUGCCCAGGAAUUUAUCUACCAGGAAAGAAUCAGCCUCUACAUGGAUGGAUUCCUUGAGGUCUUCCUCAAAGCUGAUUUGGCAUUAGACUUCCCUCUGCUCCCCUCAGGACUCCUGCUGAAACUGGAGGGGAGGAGGGUUCAGACUGACAGGGAGGCGGAUGAGCCCCUCCCUUCCUCAGAACUUGGUAUGGUCCUCUAAGAACAACACUCCCCAAGAAAAGGAAAUCUGGUAGAUGUUGUUGGAGAUCCUGGCAGCUGGUUGAGAAUCCCUGCCUGAGCUAACGCUCCCAUUAUCACCCUGCUCCCCAUCUCUAUGCAGCAGUCUUUGGUAGUUCUGCAAUGAUUUAAUAAAGGCCCCAAGGACAGUCACCCAUGCAGCCUCUUCAUUCGCCACAAAGUCAACUUGAAUUAAAAAGGUCUAUUUUUCUCAAUUUCUAGUCUGAACAUCUUUCCUCCCACCAUCUUCGAGGGGCUAGGUGAGGGCCCCCCUUUCCUCCUGCCUGUAUUUAUCUGGUUCCAGUCCAAGCAUCUCCUGUCUGAGACAGUAAAUCUAGAUUUAGGUGUGGGUGCCAUGAGAAUCCCCAGGGCAUCUGCCAAAGGCCCCUAUCUUGCUACUUUUGAGCAUUCUAAUCACUCCUCACCUAGAGAGCGCCACCUAAUACCGAUUUGACUCACUCUGAAACAUUCUUGUAGAAAUGCAAUUUAUACGUGAGUCCAAAUAUCAAAGGGAGAACUACAGUCCAUAUUCUGGUGAGGGCCAUUUCCUUCCUCCUUGUCCCUGGGGUUCAGUCACAGUCCCUGAAAAAUUCAUGUAUGACACCAACUGGUCAAAUUCCUGCCUUGAGCAUUGCUAGGACAGGUUCAGAGGCAGA